GCCGUCCCUGGCCUCUCUCCGCAGUAUCCCCACCUGAAGAGCUGCAGCCUGGGUCUAUGCAACAGCUUCCUGGAAGAGAUCGCCAAGCAGGCUGCCAGCUGCAUCAUGGGCACAUGUGCCAAGCAGCGCAAACUCAGUGAGCAGCUGCUGCCCAAACACUGUGCUUCCACCAUCAGGAAGGCCCAGAAGCAGCCCCCCAGGAAGGGGGAGCCGGAGCGGGACAAGCCAGGGGCUGAGAGCCAGAGGAAGGACCGGAUCGUGGUGACCAACAUGGACAAGCUGCACCAGGGGCUGGGCGAGCUCUCCCUGAGCAUCAACCACGUCCCCAGCUUCACCGUGUUCGAGCACAUGGUCACACCGUCCGAAUACCUCAGCAGCCACCUGGAGACGCAGCUCAACAGAUCCUUCGUGUGGAUGGCCAGCUACAACCAGGCUACGCAGGAGAUUGCGCAGUCCUCAGAGGUGCUGGCUGGCCUGCGCUCCUACCUCGCCUUCAUCCAGUCGCUGAGGCAGUUCACGUGCGUGGACUCCAGCCACAUCAUCCACAAUGUCCUGCUUCAGCAGACACAACCCCUGGACUCAAGCAGGGAGCAGACCCUCACCACCAUCUACACCAACUGGUGGGUGCCUGGGCUGGGGGCAGCCUGGCCUGGGCCACCGGACAGGAGAGAGCCCUGGCCAGGGAGAUCUCGGUUAGAUAGUGGGAAAAGCUUCCUGGAGUCGCUGGGCUCUGGAGCAGGCUCCGAGAGGGUUGUGGAAUCCCCAUCACUGGAGGUUUGUAGGAACUGGUUGGACAAAUCCCUGUCAGGGAUGGUCCAGAUGUCCAGCCUUUGUACCUGGAGGUACCUGUCCCCAGCCAUGCAGGCCUUCAUCAGUGUCCCCAGGGAGGGGGAGCAGAGUUUCAGUGCAGAGGAGUUUUCAGACAUCUCAGAGAUGCGGGCACUGGCCGAGCUGCUGGGUCCCUGCGGCAUGAAGUUUCUGAGCGACAACCUCAUGUGGCACGUCACCUUGCAGGUGGUGGAGCUGAAGAAGUUGGUGACUGAGAACAUGGACAUGCUGGUGCAGAUCCGCUCCAACUUCUCCAAACCAGAGCAGAUGGUAUCACUGCUGCCCAGGCUGACGUGGCAGGCUCUCUUCUCGCUGCAGGUCUGCUCCCACCGCUGCCCGUUCCUGACGGGCCCCAUUGAGUGCCUGAAGGACUUUGUCACCCCAGACAUGGACAUAAAGGUCACCUUGAGCAUCUUCGAGCUGGCCAGGGCUGCAGGGAUCCCAUGCGACAUUGACCCAGCCCUGGUGACUGCACUUUCCAACCUGAAGACAGACAGUUCGUCCCCUGAGGAGGAGUACAAGUCAGCCUGUCUGCUGCUGGUCUUCGUGGCUGUAUCUCUGCCGCUUCUCGCCUCCGACCCUUUCUCCGUGUACAGCAUCGAGAUGGAUGAUUACAGCAACAAUAUCCACUGCCUGGCCAAAGCCAUCAUCCACGUGUCUGCCGCGCUCUUGACCAUCCACAGCAAGAACAUCGAGACACACCUCAAGGAGACACACCACUCCGGGCUGGCGUCCGUGAGCCUCCUGCAGCUGGGACAAGAGACUGACAAGCUUCAGUCCAAGAACCGGGAAUCCAUCUCCCUGCUGAUGCGCCUGGUUGUGGAGGAGUCAUUCUUCCUGACGGUCGACAUGCUGGAGACCUGCUUCCCCUACGUCCUGCUCCGCAAUGCCUAUCGUGAGGUGCACAGGGCUUUCCUGCUGAGCAAACUCCCUGCCCAUUGACAGCUGCAGCCCGGGGUCCCAGCCUCCCUUCACCCACCCCUUCUCUGACGCAUUGCAAAUGAGUGCACCUUCCAGGUCCCGGAGUGGGCUCCCAUAUUGCCAUGGGCAUAUGGCCUAAGGGCUGUACAUAUUUGCAUACCUAUGUGUGAUGCUGGCAGAGCAGGUGCCAGCUCAUGCCAGAGCCUCAGGCCAAUUUCCUUGUGUAUCAGUGUAGAUCAGAGUGAUCGUUAAAUGUAUGAGAGUGUAACUGUUGUUCAAACUUCAUGGAAACCAGUGGGAUGUUUCUUGUAUUGUUUUCAAGUCUCUGUAUCCCAUUGUAGUGGAGUAGCAAACAUUUAUAUUGUGUAUUCCCCUGUAACUAAAUAACCCAGCAAAGGAGCCAUCAAACGAGAAAGAAGCCUUGUGCAAUGCUAAUAAAAAAACGUUAACAGAAAA